GUGCGUGUGUGUGUGAAGGGUUGGCGCUGAGGGAGACUGUUGUCUUUGGUUUGGAAAAGAAAAGACUUCGGGGCCGGUGCUGAUUUGUAAAGGCACAGCAGAGAUAAAAACACAAAAAGCCGAGCUGUGCAGCAGUAGCCUCCGCCAGAUUGGAGCCCAGCUGCGCUUUCUUGUGCCGUGACCGAGGCUGACCGGUGCAUGAGGAAGAAAAGAGAAAACUGCGAGCAGCGCAGACUGAGAGAGAGAGAGAGAGAGUGCGAGCGAGCGAGCUGCCUGCUUUAUUUCUUUUAAAGCCGGAAGAUCUCCACACAUCGAGCGUUGGGGAGCAUAUGUGUAUGUGUGCAUGUUAUUCAGCCGUCAAGGGAAGACAAAAGAGAUCCUGAAGGUCCCGUUCGCUCUUCUGUCGGCCAAGCCCAGUAACCGCACUUGAAUGCCCUCUCCCAGAGUAGUUUUAAGUAGCUGCUGAGGUGGCUUCAGCUCUGUUGAUUGUCUUUCGAGCGAACUGACAAAAGAAACCAGUGCCGGAGCCACGUCCAACUAGGCGAGGACAACCGCGUGGAAAGAAAAGUGCCGGCAGAGAGUGGUCGAGCGAAGGAAAGCAUGGCAGCAAUCAGCACCACAGAAUCGAGCCCCCAACCACGGGUGUACUUCCAGACCCCACCGGGAAACGAUGACACCGAAAUCCCAGUUAGGAAACAGGGAAGGGUAACGGUCAAAUACGACAGGAAGGAGCUGCGAAAGAGACUACAUCUGGAGGAGUGGAUUAUUGACCGGUUAACGGAACUGUACGAUUGUGAGGAAGAGGCCAUUCCUGAACUGGAAAUUGAUGUGGAUGAGCUACUUGACCUGCCAAGUGAAAAUGACCGGGCAGCAAGAGUGAAGGAUCUCCUGGUUGACUGUUAUAAACCCACGGAUGACUUUGUAAAGGAACUUCUGGACCGAAUACGAGGGAUGCAGAAGCUCAGCACACCCCAAAAGAAAUGACCGCAACCGUAGCACCAGCUGUUUCUGCCUUGUGACACAGGCGACGUGCAGACUGUGUUUGUCAGCUUUGGCAACAGUAAUGGACUUUUUGGGGCCGGGGGAUGGAUGGGAGGAGGGAGGAGUAACAGCUUCUUUAAAGGAUUUUGUAUUUUUUUUAAACUACUUUGAGAUGAGUUGUCAAGCGCAUGUGGGUUUUUUUUUUUAGUGGGUCUGGGUAUCAAAUGGUUGUGUGGAAUUUUUUUAAAAUCCAUUUUGUAAUUAGAUCAAUUUUUAAAAUCUAUAUAUAUUAAAAUUGUGUUUUUUUUAUAUGGACAAAAAAUACAAGCACACACACACAGUUCUGUAAAAUUAGCCAGCUGUGGUUGGUGGAAAUCUUAGUUUAUUGAUUACGCUGUAAGAUGUAAAAUAUGGUCAAUGAUGGGAGUCCUAGGCAGCUUUUUAAAUGAUCUUCCAAGCCUCCAUUGCUCACAGUUUAUUUGUCCAGUUUGCUGAUGGGGAUUUCCUUUAGACCACGUGGCAUCGUAAAGCUCUGAGCAAGGGUUGCAUCCAUUUGUAAGAACUCGCUUGUUAUGGUUUUGUUUGAGACUGAUUUACAAGAUUGCAAGAUUUUAUGAUCAUUGUCAGGUUGCAAGAUUUUAUGAUCAUUGCUAGUGGCUACAAAUGUAUCAGGUCUGAGAUUUAACCAAAGGCUGCCGUGCCACUAGUGGCAUGAAUAUGAAUGCCAUCCCAGAGUUGAACUGCUUGGCCUGCAACUUCUGAGCUACGAUCAGCUGUAUGCAUCAGUGUCUUUGAGCAUAGGAGCUGCUACAGUGUACAUUGUAGUUCAAACCUGAAGAAGGGGAAACCGUCUGCCUUGAGGAACCUCUCCAGGGAAAUUUUACAAACAUUGCCUGUAAUAUUAGAAGAGGCUUCUGUGGAUUCCAUUUUGGAGUCGCUGCUUCCUCCUCCUUAUUCCAACUGAAUAUUUUUUUUUUUCCAAGACGGAAAGUGAAAAUAGACCUUCAAGAAGGUUUCUCAGUAGAUAAACAAUCAUAUGGACUCCCUCAGCACAUACCAAUUGAGCCUGUAAUAAAGUAAUCCCCAACGAAGCAGGAGGUAUUUGUUGAAAUUGAGUUACGGAAAGAGCAUAAGGCCAUGGUCAGUGCCUGCCUGGGUUUGGGUCUGUGGACAUUUAUGUUCCUUUUUUCUUCCUUUCCUACUUUUAUUCAGCUCUCAUGUAGCAUCAAUAGCAGUUAAAUGGAAGUGAAGUACUAGGAGAGAUGAGACAAAUUUUUGAAUGGUGGCACGUAUUGCACAGGGAAGCUGCGGUUCAUGAUCAUCCAGCAAGUUUUAAAAUAAGCUUAGACCUUAUCAGGUUAUUCCAUGAAGUAGCAUGCUUCCAUUUCCACUUGUGGAGUCAUUUAGUGUUUUUUUGUGUCCAACGUAGCAAAACCGAUGCCUUACAUUAUAGGAUAAAACUGAACACCAAAAAACAAGUGGGAGAGAGAAGUUCUUGCACUCAAGUCAUUAGUCUUCCCAGUCCCACCCCACCUUCCCCAACCACGGUCAAAUCAAGUGACUGCUGGCCAACAUGUUCCUGGAUGACACAACAAGGUGCUGCGCUUGACAUUCAGCUAAGCAUAGUGCAAGUCCAGCAGAUGAAUGUGUUCAUCGUCUAAAGCAGGUUGGGAAAAACCAGCUUUUAUUAUAUUUUUUUUUUUCCAUUUAACCUCAUUCAAGUUAUCCAGAUUCCUAGCAUAUACUGUCACUCUAUUAAGAAACCAUUUUGAAGAAAUUAAAAAUAACAGGCAGUGACAGCGACUGACCAGAUAAGUGGCCAUGUCUUAAUUUAUUAUUUUCUCCUCUUGCUUCAUAAUAUUCAGGUGCUAUUACAGAUGAACUGUGGAUACUGUUGGGGGCUGUGAACUGAUGCAUUUUUCUGUGGCUCGCUGUUUGUAAUUUACUGUAAAUUGUCAAACUAGUCGGAGGUGAGGAGCUCAAACUAGUAUAUUUAGCAAUAUCUUACUGUUUUUUUUUCCAGUUUGUUAUACUUUUACCAAAUGUUCUUAAUAAAGCAUUUGAAUUUCA